AUGAAAAGGAAAGUAAAGGCUCUGUCAGAAGCCCCCAUCAAUACUGCCACCAGUGGAGCUGAUGCCGUUUCUCCCUCAUCCGCUUCCCCGUCCUCUUCCCCAUCCUGUUCCCCAUCCUCUUCCCCAUCCGCUUCCUCAUCCGCUUCCCCAUCCGCUUCCCCAUCCUCUUCCCCAACCGCUUCCCCAUCCGCUUCCCCAUCCGCUUCCCCAUCCGCUUCCCCAUCCACUUCCCCAUCCUCUUCCCCAUCCGCUUCCCCAUCCGCUUUUCCAUCCGCUUCCCCAUCCGCUUUUCCAUCCGCUUCCUCAUCCGCUUUUCCAUCCGCUUCCUCAUCCGCUUCCUCAUCCGCUUCCUCAUCUGCUUUCUUAUCCUCCGCUACUGAGUCCGAGCCUUUCCAGUUCGCUUUUCGGCGAGUGGCAGCCGUUGAGGGAGACGAGAUGGUGUCAUCUCAGCCGUCGGAUGAGCCGUUUCGGAUAGAGAAGGAUCAUUUUUGGUUGCUUGCAGAUAAUCUGGCUGUUCCUGCAAAGGAAGCUAUUGACAGUCGCACUAUCGGCCCUGUACACAGGACCUGGAUCGCGGCGAGGGCACUGUAUGUGGUGCGGACAGCAGGUGAUCACGGGCCGAUCCAGAACAGUUAUCUGGCCAGUUUGCAGGAUGAGGCAGUCAUGGCCAUGGAAUGCAAUAUCACGGAUAUUUUACGAAGAAUACUUAUCGAAAUCAUCAAGUCUUUCAGAAUCUGA